UGGCAAUACAGUCAGAUAUCCGCCUGACAUCGGAUUUUAAUUGACUCAUUCUCGAUGCUGACAAAUCGCUCACGACGAGUUGCUUACCCCUCACUAUCGCCAUAAUUCCGACUCUUACAAUAAGCCAACCGUGCUCUGAUUGUCAUUUGAAUUGAUUCUGAAGCAUGUCUCCUCCUACCAAGUAUGCUGUCGCAUUGUUUCCUGGGUUCCAAGCCCUGGAUGUGUUUGGCCCUUUGGACGUCCUAAACUUCACAUCCAAGCGCCAACCUCUCGAGCUCUCACUCCUUCAUACUUCUCUCGAUCCUGUGUCUACGUUAGAAGAUGACUCUCCUGGCCGUAUCGGACAAAGUGUUGUCCCAACUCAUACUUAUGAUAAUGCACCGGAAGAUAUUGAAGUCCUGCUCGUACCCGGGGGAAGAGGCUCGCGAAAUCCAGAAAAUGUGAAAAGAGUCCGGGAAUUUGUCAAGGAGAGAUACCCUAAACUGAGGUUCCUUCUGACUGUCUGCACUGGCAGUGCCAUCGUGGCCCAGUCGGGCCUGCUUGAUGGAAAGGAAGCAACUUCGAAUAAGAGAUCCUUUGACUGGGUUGAGACGCAAGGGCCCAAUGUCAAGUGGGUGCGAAACGCAAGAUGGGUUGUCGAUGGCAAUAUUUGGACUUCAUCUGGAAUCUCAGCAGGUAUUGAUAUGAUCUAUGCUUUCAUUACAGAGCAGUAUGGACAGGAGAUCGCAGAUGACACUGCAGAUGGUUCUGAGUAUGUCCGCAACACCGAUCCCCAAUCAGACCCGUUUGCCGUCUAGCGACACCUCGCCUCUCUACUUAGAUAGGAAGGCUCUCUUUAUGGCCAUUAGAUACUUGUUCCCCACGAUCGUAAACAAGAUUUUAUAAUAGAAGUUCCUGGCUCUUUGAACUAGGUUUAUGUAACCCAAAAUCCA